AUGAUGUUGCAGCAGAUGUUGAAGCCGACAAAGUGUUCGAUGAUGAUCGAACUUGACACACAUCGUGGAACUUGCAGGAGCAAACAACUUUACCGUCAACGUAUCCCCAUGGUAGAGGUGAAGCAGGCGAAGCGCGAGCCAGAAGAACAUUCCUCGUCCGCACAAGGGAAGGGAAAGAGCCAAGAUCAGGUAUUUGACGACAAGUGCACCGCCAUCGAGCUUUCCAUGCAGGGCCAGAUCGAGGCUCUACGCUACGCGUUCGACAAGAAACUGGACACCAAGUUUAAGCAACUUAAGGCGGAGUUCGAGGAGAAGCUCGCUGCUGAGAUCAAGAAGGCGGACGACGACCGCGCUACUGGGAUCAACAAGUUGGAGUACAAGUUCGACCAGAAGUUCACCACCCGGACCAGUCUCCAGGAAAAAAAGUUCAAUAUGGGACUUGCUGCCGAGCCUCAGAAGUCCAAGACACUGGAGUACGAGGCGAAAAUCAUGACCGCAAAGGCAAAGAAACUGCAGGAGAACAAGGCUGCGAUCGAAGCGGAGCUAGAUCCACUCCAUCUUGAGCUGCAGGAGAACCGCGAGUGCCGCGCUAUGCUUGGUGGCUACACCAUCUAA